UGUUCAAGUAUCUCUGUGAUGCUGUCUACCCCCUCUCUCUUUUCCUAUCUCAUUCUCCUCUCUCUGCUCUUGAAGUAAGUCACAACAUGGCUGAAGCUUUUGUUGGCACAUGGAACCUCAAGGAAAGCAAGAAUUUUGAUGAUUACAUGAAAGCCCUUGGGGUGGGCUUUGCCACCCGGCAGGUUGGUGGCAUGACCAAGCCCACCACCAUCAUCACCAUGGAGGGUGAAAUUAUUACACUGAAGACUGUCAGCACCUUCAAGACCAUUUCCUUGGUGACAAUAGAUGGUGGCAAGCUGGUCCAUGUUCAGAAAUGGGAUGGCAAGGAGACGACUUUAGUAAGGGAAGUCAGUGGAAACACACUCACACUGACAUUGACACUGGGUGAUGUUGUGUGCACGCGCUCUUAUGUGAAAGCAGAGUAGAAGACCUACGUCCCUUCCUAACUACACUACUGAACAGGCUCUUUGUGUUCAGCUGAAAAUAUGUCUGAUACCUGCAUACUUGCUCUGUAUACCUGCCCAUUUAUUUUUAAUAAAUAAGUUACAAUGAUUUUUACAUCAAGCUCUAA